UCCUGGCCACAGCAUAAAGCUGGACUCUGCUUUCCCUGGAAACACGGUCACGUGAGAUUUGGAAUGUGAAACUGCUGAGAGGAAACCAAAAUUUGCCAAGUUCAAAGGAGAGAGAGGAUCAACAGAGUGCUGGAUGCAGGCUCCGGAAGAUUCUGCGAAUUCAGGCAUUUGCAGGCCUGUCCUGGAGGUGGUGGACGGGAUACCCCUGCCCAGCUGGAUUCUGACCCACUGGACUGAAAUCCAAAUGAUCCAGGCCAAGCCUGAUGAUGUCCUGAUUGCCACGUACCCCAAAGCAGGCACCACCUGGAUGCAGGAGAUUGUGGAUCUCAUCAUGAUGAACGGGGACGUGCAAAAAUGCAGACGCGCCCCCAUCUUUCAACGGAUUCCCUUCCUCGAGAUCUGCAGCCCUGCAUUUCAAUCCACUGGGCUGGAUCAGAUCAAGAAGCUGCAGUCUCCCCGAAUCAUCAAAACUCACCUUCCAUUCCAAAAGGUACCCAAAUCGUUCCGGGAGCAGAACUGUAAGGUGAUCGUGGUUGCUCGCAACGCAAAGGACAACAUGGUCUCCUACUUCCAUUUCCACCGGAUGAACCAGGUGAUGCCAGAGCCUGGCACCUGGGAGGAAUUCCUGCAAAUGUUCAUUGAGGGGCAGAUAAGCUGGGGCUCCUGGUAUGACUACAACCUAGACUGGUGGGAGGCAAGAAAGAAACAUCGGAUUCUCUUCAUCUUCUAUGAGGACAUAAAGGAGAACCCACGGCGAGAGAUCCUGAAGGUGGCUGACUUCCUGGGUAAGACCCUGGAUGAGGCGGCUUUGGAGUCAGUGGUCCAUAACUCCCUGUUCAGUGUGAUGAAGGAGAAUCCAAUGACCAACUACACCACCCUCCCUUACACUGUCUUCAACCAGGAUAUCUCCAAGUUCAUGAGGAAAGGUGAAGUUGGGGACUGGAAGAAUCAAUUCACUGUGGCACAGAAUGAACAUUUCGAUAAAGACUACGCAGAGAAGAUGGGGAAGAGUGACAUUGUCUUUCGGGAGGUGCUGUGACCAUUCUCUCCCCCCACCAAGCAAAGAAAAGCAGAAGCAAAAAUGGUUAAGUAAACUGUGUCAGUAAAGAAACUUUAUCCAGAGCACGGUGUGUCUGUCCUGUGUAUCUGGAGAAAAGAGAGGGACUGAGAGACUACAAGACAUAGGAGCAGAAUUAAACCAUUGAUCGAAUGUGCUCCAC